GCCACGAAUCCCAGGGCAGGCUCUCCCAGGGCCCUUCUGCGAGGCCCGAGGAGCAGUCUCCAGUGUGCGCCCCUCGCUUACUGAUUUCACCUGUUGUUAACAUUCAGCUCACACCUGUUUUGCACCUGAGGGCAAACCUAGAAGCACAGUCCGUGGGGGAACGACCCACUUUCCCCAGCAGCCUGUCGUCACCCUGACCUUCCCUUGCCUAAGGCAGUGGUGGUGGCAGUGGUGGUGUCGCAGCCAGAAGGAGUCUCGUGUUGCUCCUGGGCCUGCCUUGUGGAGGGAGUAGACCAGGGGAGGCAGCAAAGCAGCCAUCUGGGCUCUUUCCGGGGCGGUGAGGAAGCUGUAUGCUGCCCAGCUUAGAAAGGGGGUUAUUAGAGCACAUUCCCGUUCACGCGUGGGCUCAUUCCUUCAGUGCCUGUGUGGUCCAGGCACCUUGCUGAACUAACCCUAGUGUCCAGAGUUGAAGAGCCAGAGGUCCCAUGUGGAACAGAACCCAGUCUCUGCCUUCUAGAACAUUCCAAUCCAGUGAAGCAGACAGGCUAUGGUACAGUGUGAUAAGCAAAGGACUGCCGAGGGAGCCCUGGAGAGGACAUCUAACUCUGUCCGGGGGACUCACCGACAGACUGGAGAGAGAAUUCAAUGCAGUGCCACUCUGCCCUGUAGAUAAGGAGGUCAUCAAAUCUCAGGAGGUGUUUAAAGACAAUUGCUGCAAAAGGGAAGUCCUCAAUUUAUAUGUGUAUUGCAAAAAUGCUCCUGGAUGUAAUGCCAAGAUUAUUCUGGGACGAUAUCAGGACCACCUUCAACAGUGCUUAUUUCAAGCGGUGCAGUGUUCCAAUGAGAAGUGUCAGCAGCCAGUCCUUCGGAAAGAUCUGAAAGAGCAUUUGAGCGCAGACUGCCAGUUUCGAGAGGAAAAAUGCCUUUAUUGCAAAAAGGAUGUGGCAGUAAUCAAUCUACAGAAUCAUGAGGAAAACCUGUGUCCUGAGUACCCAGUAUCUUGUCCCAAUAAGUGCCUGCAAAUUAUUCCCAGAACUGAGGUGGACGAACACCUUGCUGUGUGUCCUGAAAUGGAACAAGACUGUCCUUUUAAGCACUAUGGCUGUCCUGUAAAGGAUAAACGGAGGAACCUGCAACAGCAUGAGCACUCAGCCUUGCGGGACCACAUGCUGCUCGUUUUAGAAAAGAACUUCCAAUUAGAAGAACGGAUUUCUGACUUAUAUAAGAGCCUAGAACGGAAAGAAAGUAAAAUUCAGCAGCUAGCAGAAACUGUAACAAAAUUCGAAAAGGAGUUCAAGCAGUUUACACAGCUAUUUGGCAAAAAUGGAAACUUCCUCUCAAAUAUCCAGGUUCUUGCCAGUCACAUUGACAAGUCGGCUUGGCUAGAAGCUCAAGUGCGUCAGUUAUUACAAAUGGCAAACCAGCAACAAAAUAAAUUUGAUCUGAGGCCUUUGGUGGAAGCAAUUGAUACAGUGAAACAGAAAAUUACCUUGCUUGAAAGCAAUGAUCACAGAUUAGUUGUUUUAGAAGGGGAGACGAACAAACAUGAUGCCCACAUUAAUACUCACAAAGCACAGCUGAAUAAAAAUGAAGAGCGAUUUAAACUGCUGGAAGGUGCCUGCUAUAAUGGAAAGCUCAUCUGGAAGGUGACUGACUACAAGAUGAAGAAGAAGGAGGCGGUGGACGGGUACACAGUGUCCAUCUUCAGCCAGCCCUUCUACACCAGCCGCUGUGGCUACCGACUCUGUGCCAGAGCAUACCUGAACGGGGACGGGUCCGGGAAGGGGACGCACCUGUCGCUGUACUUUGUGGUGAUGCGAGGGGAGUUUGACUCACUGUUGCAGUGGCCAUUCAGGCAGAGGGUAACCCUGAUGCUUUUGGACCAGAGUGGCAAAAAGAACCAUAUUAUAGAGACCUUCAAGGCAGACCCCAAUAGCAGCAGCUUUAAAAGACCUGAUGGGGAGAUGAACAUUGCCUCUGGCUGUCCUCGCUUCGUGGCUCACUCCACUUUAGAGAAUGCCAAGAACACCUACAUUAAAGAUGACACCAUAUUCUUGAAAGUGGCUGUGGAUUUAACUGACCUGGAGGAUCUCUAGCCACUAUUUCUGGGGUGAUAAAAGGACUUCUUGGGUCCAGAAUGUUAGCGGAAACCUUUGGUUUAAGCUGGAGACACGUUUGUAUUUGGCUUUUUGCCCUCAGUGUUUGAAGUCAAUUUAAAACCUCCUAAGUGCUGUCUUCUUUUUACAAUUUCCUCUGUCCCAGUUUGAAACGUAAAACACUUAGGCUAUCCUCUUGUUAUUUAUAUUUUUCUAUGUCUUGAACAAUGGUAAGUUUCAUGAAAGCAAGGUCUGGGCAUCUCUCUUUUACUGGUGCUUAGCAUGGGGUCUCAGGGUGGCCACUGCAUGUUAAAUGGUAUUGAAGACACAGAUGUAGAAUUCCCAAUUGAAAAUGCUUUGGUCUUUAGUCUGCUGGUUCUAGACUUGACCCUAUCUAUGCCUUCAAAAGCCAUCUUUUGUGGUAGGUUGUUCCAGAGCAGAUGGGUGGUGUACUUACAAAGACAGUAUGUCCAGUUGGAACAGAUGAUUUUGGCCGGAUACUGAACUACUGCACCUCUAGCUAUUUUCAUGAACUUCACCAGUAGUCAGCAGACAGUUUUGCAAGGCUGUGUAAGAACUGGUGACGAGUGAGCAUCUUCAUGCUCCGCACCGAAGUAAAGAUGAAAGUUCCACAUAGCAUACAUACAAAGAAAUAGAAACAUCCAACUAAAGUCAAGAUUUUAUUAGAUUCAACCAUGUGAAAAACUGUUUUCAUAGAUCAAAAACAGUCAAAUAUUAAGUUAUUU